GCAACUGUGAUUGGUGUGAGGUUUAAUCUUGUGGUUUGCAAUGCAUUUAUUGAUGCUUAUGGGAAAUGUGGCAAACCCGAGUACUCUUAUUCUAUUUUCUGUCAAAUGCGCGAGACUGAUGUAUUCUCGUGGACUUCGCUGUUGGUUGCUUAUAUACGUGCGUCUAGAAUUCCAGAUGCGUGCUCACUUUUUGAUCAUAUGCUGAUCAGAAAUGUGGUGGCUUGGACUGCUCUGAUCACAGGGUUUGCGCAAAAUGGAGAAGGAGAUAAGGCUUUGUGUACUUUCAAGGAAAUGCUGGAAGAAGGUAUUGUACCGCGUGCAUCCACUUACGUUGGUGUCCUAAGUUCUUGUGCAGGCAUACCUCUUAUUGAAAAAGUUAAUGCUUUGGUUGACAUGUAUUCUAAAUGUGGAGACAUGAUAUCUGCUAUGAGAUUGUUUGAGAGGUUAGAUGGGAAGGAUCGAGUUACUUGGAACUCGAUAAUAAAUGGAUUUGCUCAAAAUGGGAAUGGAGUGAUGUCUUUGUUCAGGUUUGAGAAAAUGAUUGAAACAGAUACAACACCAAAUCAUGUAACUUUUCUUGGGGUUUUAUCUGCCUGUAGCCACUGUGGUUUAUUACCUGAAGGAUUUCAAUAUCUCCAUUCAAUGGAGAGGAAAUACGGUAUAGUACCCCAGUUGGAUCACUAUGCCAUCUUGAUUGAUUUACUUGGACGGAAGAAUAUGCUUGGAGAAGCUGCGGAUUUGAUCAAGAGAGCUCCUUGGGGAAGAGACAAUAUUGGAAUGUGGGGCGCACUUUUGGGUGCUUGCAGGGUACAUGGGAACUUGAAACUUGCUAGAAGGGUGGCAGAAAAUCUAUUUGAGCUGGAACCUGAUAAUGCUGCCAGGUAUAUUAUGUUAUCCAACAUCUAUGCAGCAGCAGGAAUGUGGGGUGAUGCCCGCACUCUGCGAAGGUACAUCUAUGACAGAGGAUUGGUGAAAGAAACAUCUUAUAGUUGGAUUGAGAUAAACAAUAUCAGACAUAAGUUUAUCGCUAAAGACAAGUCCCACAGUCAGUUAGAAGAAAUAAAAGAGUUGCUGCUUAAACUCGUAGAUCCAAUGAAGGAUGCUGGAUACAUAUUUCAAAUUGAAUGCUCAUACUUUCUUGUAGAUGAUGCAUUUUGUUGACAUAAUUAAAACAGGUAGUAACUAUGUAUAACAGUUUCUAAUUUAACAAUUAAUAUGAGGUCUGGUGGUUGGUUACCUACUUUGUUGAAAAUUUGGGAAAGGAAAAGUGAGGGAGAAAUUUUGUUUUUCAAGAUAUUACUCCAUCACUUACACUAAAGAUAAGAAACAUGAUCAUAAAAUGUGAGGCACUGUAAUUCAUGCUGCUUGAAGCUUCAGAGAUAUUAAUGUUACGAGCAGCAGAUAGAUCCAUCAUUAACGUGCCUGUACUCACCUCUUUGGUGCACAGGUUACUGAAUAGGCAUUCCUUGAGUUAAGUGCAAAACCAGUCUGCUCGAAGUUUACUGCAGCAAUAUUAAGAAGUUGGGAUAGCCUAACAGGGAAAAUAUAAAUCAUGGGCUAGAAUAUUCAGAAGGUACGACAUGUCACAGAGACAGCUCUGAGGUAUACUACCAU